AUGACAACGGAAACGGAGAACCUGGAUAACCAUCUUCCCGUCUCGCCUAACACCCUACGGAAGACAUUCUUGCGUGUCGACUUCCCGGUAGAAGAAUAUGUGCCCGAAGCAAUCCUCGAGCCGAAAGAAAUAUAUCGAAUCCCCUUCAGUUUUGUCGUGCCUUCUCAUAUCCCGGCGCAAAUAUGCCACCAUACCUGCGCGAAUUGCCAAGUUCACGAAGAACACCUGCAACUUCCCCCGAGCCUAGGCAAAAUAUCGCAAUACUUUGAGAAUACCCACGACAUGGCGCCAUCCGAAGCAGAGAUUCAAUAUAGCAUCAGCUUUUCAGUCGUUGAGAAGAUGUCGCAGGCAGAAUGGCCGAAAGCCCUCAAUGAAACAAUCUAUCCGAUUUACAUAUUGCCUCGACGAUCGGAGAUGGCCCCGCUCCUACUCUAUCCGGAAAGCAGAUACUACAAAACAAGAGCAGAAAAGGGCCUCAAAAAAGGGAAUCCUGCGAUCGGAAGUCGGAACUAUGGUGCUAUCAACUUUCCAGCCACAAGGAAUCGAGUUGUGCCGCGGACCGCAACCCCAAAAUAG